CAACUUAUCGUAACCCUUUUCCAACUGCCGCUUCGAAUCUCUCCUCUCCAAUGGCGUCUGCUCUCAAGAAGGGAAACAAGAUCAGCCAAAUCGUCCGCCUCAAGCAGGUCAUGCAACGAUGGCGUCGCCGCUGCAUCAACACUCAUUCCUUCACCUCCGAUUCCGAUUCUGAAAUCGACCGCCAACGACGUCGCAUCCCGUCGCCUGGAUCCCUUGCUGUCUACGUCGGCAUUGAGAGACGCCGAUUCGUCAUUCCGACCAAGUUUCUGAAUCUGCCGGUGUUUCGGUCGUUACUCAACAAAGCCGAGGAGGAGUUUGGAUUCCAGAAAACCGGGGGAUUAGUACUCCCUUGCGAUGUGAUUUUCUUCAAGAGGUUGUUGAAGGCUUUGGAGAGGAACGAGGGAGGAUUCGGUUCGCUGGAUUUAGACGAUUUCACGGCGAUGUUUGCCGAUUUGACGGUCGAUUCCGUUUCGUAUUGUAAGGAUGCUAACAAUUCUAACUGCCAUAGCUUCAGUCCUCUGUUACAGAAAACUAGGGUUUGAGCCGAAGGUGCGGCGUGUUAAAUGCCUACCCGAUCUUGUGCAAUGUCACAGGUUCGUCUCCCGUCUCUUUUGUCAAUUGGGAGUAGGCGUAGGGUUAGGUUUUUCAGUUUUGUGCAUAGAUGGUGGAUUGAUUGAAUUCGGCCCCUUCUAGUUUUCUCCAAUUUCCCAUCCCAGCAUCCUUGAACCCAAAUCUAUUGAUGAUGUUGAUGUCUGAUUAAAAUUGGGUUUCAAUGAGAUGAAGUUAUCCCAAUUUUGGGGGAUGCUAGGUUUUUCUUUUUCAGUAACAAAAUCAUGUGGGACGAUGGUAGUAGUUGCGAUUGAUGAUGAUGAUGAUGAUGAAAUAUUUUGUAGUUUGAAUUGAUGAUGA